AUGGCUUUGUACGGCAGUCGCGCGCUGGCUGCGGGUAGUAAAUGUUAUUCAUCUCAUUCUCCAAGCAGCAGCAGCAAACCUGUGCGACAGCAUCCCCUGACAUGCUUUGGCUCUCGUCGUAGGGGUGACUUAUGCCAGUACAUUCAGCAGGCUGGCGCGCUUUCCUCAGAAGCCAAGUACCUAGUCGUAGGCGAUGGCAUCAUGGCCCCGUUUAUGGCGCUGUGUUUGCGCGUGCAUGGUCUAGAAUGCGACUUGGCUCAUCAUCCAUCGAAUAAUGAUCUGGAUCGUGGAACGAUUACCCUAACCCCGUCCGUGACGCAGCUCAUGGGUGAUGUUCUAUCUGUUUCCGUGCCCUCCGGCAGUGUCAUUGGUCGUAUCCUCGCCUUUGACCAUAUUGGGAACGAUAUGUGUGAUAUCGACUUGAACGAAUUUCGCGAAAGGGGCGAGAGCCCAACCUUUUUUUGCUGUGAUCGACUUAAGGUUGAAUCCGCGCUGUUGUCGCUGUGCCACCAGGGUCCGCAUAGCUGUCACGUGCUCGCGAAGCCACACAUUGAUCGGGGUGGGCUGGAUGCACUUGAUAAUGGUGGUGUUCGUGUGCAUUUCUCGAGUGGUGUUCAACAGGAUUACAUUGGUAUAAUUUGCACCUCACGGAAUCAGGAUUGUGUUCCAGAGCUGACCAUAUCUAACGAGGAUCUCCAGCAGCGCGCUGAGAAUGCUGAAAAGCAUAAGGAGAGCUUUAUGAAGGCAGUACGUUGGCUAGAACUAUGCAUCCCUCCGCUACCGGAGAUCGGCCAAUAUGAAAAACGUUUCACACCGGGGUCUCAAGAGAUUGUUGAAAUUCUGACACCACGGGAUGCCAAGAUGACGGUACGACCCACAAUGAUGGCCACAAAGCUAUUUUACAACGUAACUAUAACUAUCCCGGACUCCACUCCGGAUCCACGUCUCGCCAGCACCAGCACUAAGCAGUUUUGGGAUGACGUUGUGACGCAUUGGACGGCAGGAAUUCCUGGUUACAUCUCGCACACUAUGUUUCGCCCGAUGUUCACCCAUAUGCAACAGAAUUUUACGAAGUCAAGUGCGUUGGUGUAUCGCACACCGUUGUUUCUGAUGCCACAUUGGGUUGAAGGUGGGGGUCGACUUAUUAAAAUGGGGCUUGCGGCUCACAGUGGCUGUUUCGAUGCCAUUGAUGUGGCCGAUGCACAAAGCUUUACAGACUGCUUUAGCUUGGCACGCGCCAUCUCAGGAGGCGAGGACAUCACAAAGUUUCUGUACGAACGUCGUCUUCAGGUGAUGGAGGAAAUGGACCAUCACGCUCAACUUGUUGACUUUGCGGUGAAGGAGCGACGGCAGAUUGCGUACAUGAUUUCGCGGUUCAACAUGAAAUUCCUGCGUAAGUACAAGAGAAGCUGGAGGGCCAUACUGAAAAAUUAUAUUACUCUGAUACCAAAAAGCUAG